GCGGCAGCGGCGGCGGUGGGUCCCGCAGGCAGCGGCUGGAACGGGAUGCGGCGCUGAACGCUCUCACCGGCGGUCACUCCGCGCCCGAUUCUUUGCACGCCGCGGCUGCCUCCCCGCUAGUCCAUGAUGUGCCUGGAAAGCGACGGUUCGUCCGGUAUUAGCCCUGGUUGUGGCGGGCGGCUCCGUGCCGGUGACGAAGAAGAAGAGGACGACGGUGAACGGGGUUGCUGUGGACGGGGAACGGAAGGAGAGGUGCAAACCUUGUCGGGCAGGAUGAACCCGCCGGCAACCGGCAAACAUUCGGAACGUCCUGGUGCUCGCCCAAAAGCGCCGGGGCUCGGCCGCGCCCGGGUGGCGGCCGCCGGUAUCCUCAGCGUGGGCAACGUGCUCAACUACCUGGACCGGUACACGGUGGCAGGUGUGUUACUAGACAUCCAGCAGCACUUUGGAGUCAAAGACAGCGGGGCUGGCUUGCUGCAGACAGUUUUCAUCUGCAGCUUCAUGGUCGCAGCACCUAUCUUCGGUUACCUUGGUGACCGUUUCAACAGAAAGAUCAUUCUCAGCUGUGGGAUCUUCUUUUGGUCAGCUGUCACUUUUUCCAGCUCCUUCAUCACUGAGCAGUAUUUCUGGCUUCUUGUGCUCUCAAGAGGCUUGGUUGGCAUCGGUGAAGCAAGUUACUCCACUAUUGCACCAACCAUCAUAGGAGACCUGUUCACCAAAAACACGAGGACCCUUAUGCUCUCUGUUUUCUACUUUGCAAUCCCUCUUGGCAGUGGCUUGGGGUACAUCACUGGGUCAAGUGUGAAGCAGGUUGCUGGAGACUGGCACUGGGCGUUGAGGGUAUCUCCACUCCUGGGAAUGAUAACAGGGACACUCAUCUUGAUCUUCGUACCUGCUGCUAAAAGAGGAAAUGCUGAACAGCUCGGGGCCCAGCUGAAGGCUCAGACCUCAUGGCUAAGAGACAUGAAAGCACUGAUUAGAAACCGCAGCUAUGUGUUCUCAUCGUUGGCCACCUCAGCUGUCUCCUUUGCCACGGGGGCACUGGGCAUGUGGAUCCCUCUCUACCUACACAGAGCACAGGUGGUGCAGAAGACAGCAGAAACCUGCAGCUCACAGCCCUGUGGCACCAAAGACAGCUUGAUCUUCGGAGCCAUCACCUGCUUCACUGGCUUCCUGGGUGUCAUCACAGGGGCAGGGGCGACCAAAUGGUGCCGGUUAAAAACCCAGCGAGCUGAUCCUCUUGUCUGUGCUGUUGGCAUGCUAGGAUCAGCCAUCUUCAUCUGUCUGAUCUUCGUUGCUGCCAAGAGCAGCAUCGUGGGAGCCUAUAUUUGCAUUUUUAUUGGAGAAACUCUUCUGUUUUCAAACUGGGCUAUCACAGCAGACAUACUAAUGUACGUGGUCAUUCCAACACGCCGUGCAACCGCAGUGGCCUUGCAGAGUUUCACUUCGCACCUCCUGGGAGAUGCUGGCAGUCCUUAUCUGAUUGGAUUUAUCUCAGACCUGAUACGGCAAAGCACGAAGGAGUCCCCGGUCUGGGAGUUCCUCAGCCUGGGCUACGCUCUCAUGCUCUGCCCAUUUGUUGUCGUCCUGGGAGGGAUGUUCUUCCUGGCCACAGCCCUCUUCUUCCUCAGUGACCGAGCCAAAGCUGAACACUGGCAGAGCACCUGGCAUCACCAGCACGAAGCUCCCAUCAGGCUGUCUCCUCCAGCGAGCUGCUGCUCAGUGCAGCCUGAGCCACCAUCUCCAGAAGGAAAGGCAACUCUAUGCCAGUGGCUACCAGGAGAGCUGCACACAACUUUGAGGGUGAAUCCACUCGUGAUGCCACCAGCCUCUGUCAAAGUCUGAGAUGCUGCCCGUGAAGGAAACUCCUGCUCCCCCCUCACCACACCCAUCUCAAGCUCGAUGCCCUUCCACACUGGAAACCACUGGAGCUUCAGCUCCAUGCUACCCUGGCAGGGUUAUCCAGCACCAGAUCGAUCUCUCCACUCCAGCCUGCGGGGCCAGGCACCGGGAGCUGAGCAGGGCAGCCUGGAACACAAGGACCUCUCGAGCAUAAGGACGUUCACAGGUUCCUCUGAGCAUCAAAAGCAGCUGUCCCCUGGACCCACAACCUGCCACCUGAGUGAGUGACUGUAGAUUGUGAAUAUGGUUUUAGCUGUAGCCAACAAAGUCCACAAUGUUUAUAGGGCAACCUAACGUCCUAUUGAAUGCUGCUGUUCUGUCAGCACUCCCACACCCACAGACUGCACUAAGCUGGGGACCUAACUCUGUACAUCACCUUUUCUUUUACCACUGAAGGCUUGAUUCAGAUGAUUAUUUUUUAUUUAACUAUGUUGUAAGAUGCUUUAUCUCUGCUGAAGGCAUUAGAUGACAGAUAUAGAGAGGUAUAUAUUUAGAUGAGCAGGUGUCUUAUUUAAAGAUUGAAAAGCUGGAGCUGCCUGUGCAACCACAGCAGACAUCACAACGUCCACAACUCUCCUCCUCUCACUGCCCUGUUCUCAGGCUCUGCAAGGGCACCACAGGAAGACUUCCAGUGAUGACUGACUCGUCACCUGAGGCUGAGCAAAGGGGCAGAGGAGAGAGUUUCACUGCACUGGGUAUGCUGGUGGUUGCUACAGGAAGGCCCAGGACUUUGGACAGGAAUAGCUAGGGGCUCUAGAGUUUGCUCAACAUGCCAAAUUCAGCCUUGCCCAAGAGGUUUUAUAGAUACCAAAAUCCAGCUGGCUUAACUGCUUUACCUAGGGCCUGGUAGUGCAAUACUGCUGUGCCAGUGACAUCAGGCUUUGUUUACAUGCAUAUCA